AUGGAUUCACUAUUGGUUGUUCACCCAUCAACUCUGGCUAUACCGACGCUGGAACCUAUCCCACAAUCCGUCGCUCCAACGCCCUCUCUUCGAGAAUCACCGCCAAACGAAGUUGUACCCUCUACAUCCAAUCCCGCAGUUCCUGUCAGCUCCGAGCAGCCUUCACCUACCCCAAGCGAUUUUGCCGGGUCCAGUCGGCGGUCUUCCAUCUCCUCUUACUAUCCCAUCCCCGGAUCAUACUUCCCUGCCGCAGGAAGCUCUCGAUACCAGUGUGCCGCUUCCUCCGGUACCAAUACUCCUUCUGAGCGACCUCGCCCUUCACCCAUCAACAUUCCGGCAGGCACUCCUGAUGAACCUCUUUUCUCUGCUUAUCCAGAUACAGGCUCUUCUAAACCUGAUGUCAAAGGCAAAGAGAAGGCAUUCCACCUCCCUCUAAAACCUGCGUUUAAUCUUAGCAGCGCUUCGUUAUCUAGAAGGAGGAAGGGUGAAGAAGCGGAAGAAAGCUCAGCAGAUGAAUUGAAAAUGCCUCUUACCUCCUCAUCCAGGUAUCCUCAACCGCAUCAGCAUCCCCAUCAUUCUCAUCAUUCUCCUUCCCAUUCCUAUCACAACUCGCCCACUCGUCCCAGGUCACCUACGAGUUCCAGGUAUCCCCGUAAACGAGCUGCUACAGUCUCAAGCAGUCCUUUGGAGACUCUUACCAGGGGGCAUAGGAAAUCAGCUUCGACCUCAGCAGCCGAAGAUCAGAAACAAUCUCAAGCGUCUGGUAGAUCAACAUUACGGUUGGGAUCUGUGCCUCGACCGAGAUCUUUAGGUGGAUUCAGGAGAAGAAGGGCAUCUGUAGGUUCCGCAUCUGCUCCUAUAGAAAUUGAAUUCGAACCUCCGGGAUCGACCAAUCAAUGGAAGAAUAUGCCCGAAGAAGUAGCCCACAAAUUUGACUCACCUCCAAUCCCUUUCUCAUACCAACAGCCCACCAGAUCAGAUUAUACUCUUCAAUCGGUAUCCACAAUCGCUACUGUCAGACCAUUUGCCUCAGGGUCUGCUGGAGAAGGAGGAGACAUGGUGCCGGUCAUUGCUCCCAGACGAUCAAGUUUGUCAGGCUUAGAACCCCCCGUAGUACUCGGUCUAACCAAUAUAUCAAGAUCUCUACCGGAAGGUAACGUCGAAAUUGUCAUACCGGAAGAUAUGAUCAUGCCACAUGAUCCUCCCCCACGUCGAAGCUCGUUAGAAUACGACGAACCUGUCUUAGUGGAGGUAAAAUCGAAAGUAGAUCCAGCAGUUUCAGCCUCGGCUUCAGCGAUCAUCGUAGAUGAUCAUGAACAAUCUGUAUUAUCGGCUUCUUUGACCAAUACAGAUACUUCGACUUCCGCCUUCUCACCGUCAGCUUCGUCGAAAGAACAUCCUCUAUCAUCAGCUACCACUUCUUUAUCCAGAAGUGCCAAGAGUGGCAAAGAAGGUGUUGAAGGGGAGAACAAUGAAGCUUCUCUUUCAGCAGUGAGAUUACAGAGAUCGCUAGAAUGGGAAGCCAAGCAGAAUCGCUUGAAGAGAAAAUUAGAGAAGCGGAUAAUGAUCAUCUUGGAAUUGGCCGAAACUGAAGUAGCCUUCACAGAAGAUUUACGAACCCUUUGUCAUGUCUACUUGCCUCAACUCGCUGCUCUUCCUUCGGUGAAUGAGAGAAAUGCAAAGAUGAUUGCUAGAAAUACCGAUGAGCUCUUGGUGUUCCAUACUGCCUUUGCUGGAAAAAUGGUGGAUAUCCUGAAAGAAGAAGGUUUAGGAUAUGAUUCUCCGAGAAAUCUGGAAGUUGGUUCCGCAGGACAGGUUGAUAGAGUCUCGAGAAGAUUGGCGACGUUGUUUGUGGAUGAUAUUACGCAUUUCAGUCUGUACAAGGACUUCUGCGCCGAAUCAAUCAUUGCCACAACACUCGUUAAGCACAUAUCUGAGAGGGUAGAUUAUGAAGGAUUUGAGAAACGAUGCCAAAUCAUCGGUGCUGCUCAAUCAUCCACAACUCUACGAGAUCUCCUAGAUGAGUCUGCACCUUCGGUUCACAAGCAUCGAUCGAGACUUCAUUUCAAGGAUUACCUCAUCACGCCUAUCCAACGUAUAUGUCGAUACCCUCUUCUGCUCGGUCAACUGCUAGAUGCCGCUGGUUCAACUUCCCCCGGGUCUGGAUCCGAGUAUUACGAUGAAGGAUUCGAUGUUGGAGUAGACCUGGAAAGAGCUUUAGGAGCGAUGAGGGGAGUAGCUGAAGAAGCUGAUGAAGCUAGGAGACUGAAGGAUGCAGAAGUCAAGUCUGCCACUGUUCUAGAUCGACUUGAAGCCCAUCCCAAUCUUACACCGUCGUUCAUCAGAUCUCUAGGUACAUGUCGCCUCAUCGGCUCGUUGGACGUACUUCACCAUCACCCCUCUCUAGCUCCUCUCGUUCCUCCCGUCAAAGUGAAGUAUCUGGCUGCCUUCCUGUAUCGAGGAUACCUGAUCUUAGCUAAGGUGAAGAAAGGAAAGAACUACGAGGCGAAACAUUUUUUACCGUUGGAGGUCUUCGAAUUGAUUGAUAUCACUGAAGGCUUUUUGCCUCACUCUAUCCGUUUGACACUUCGAGAACACAACUUCGACCUUGCCGCGUCUUGUGAAGCGGAGAAGGAAGUGUGGGCCGCUGCGAUAUGCCAAGCACGUGAUGAGAGCGUCAUCCCGCCAUUCGAAUUACCAGCUAGUGUUUCGCCUUUCCCACUACGAUCUAGACGAUCUUCCACCGCUUUCACUGGUGAUAUCGAUAUCUACGCUACGCCUCAUCCUGUACCCAAGAGACAUACCCUGGUAGGAGCGCCAUCGGAAUUAGAUGAGUUUUCAGCCAAAGCUGCGAAUCCCACUACCACUCCAAUCCACACAUCGGGAUCGAAGCCGUCCACACCGUUGAUCUCUCCUAUCAAGUCAACAUUCGGAUUCACCCCUGAGCGGAAAUCGAAUCAAGCUGGAACCAUUCUCUUAAGAAGAGCAUCAAAUGGACAAAGAAUGUUAGUGGAAAGAGGGCUAUCAGACUUGUUCUCGGAUAUCUGCUCGACAGUCAGGUCAAAAGCUCAAUUACAACAUCGCACGCUGUUCUUACCUGAUUUACCCGCUUUCCCUCAAUCCGAAAGUGGACAUGGUGAUGGGAUGUCAGCCAGGGAUUCUUCGACGAUGUUAAGGCGCCGAAAGAGUUUCUUGGACCAUAGAGCCCGAAAAGAAUCAAUCGAUAUCGCCAUUACGGGUGAGGUCAAGGGAUCAGUCAUCGAACUCAGACCUUCCAGAUCAACUGGUGUUCAAUACCGUACGUUACCGUCUUCGUGCAGAAGACGGACCGGAUCGAUCAGUUCGGUCACCAGAGGGAAUAAUGAAGGAUCGGGAGAUGAUGAAUCUGCUUCGGUCACCGCUACUGCCGUAUCGGAUUUCGGUACCUUAGGCAGAACAGGAAACAUGGACUAUUCAAGGAACAAUUCGGUGUCUUCACUUCAGUCUUAUGGAUCUCCCAUGAUCACCCCUAGAAGAUCUCUGUCCUCCCUGAGGGGAUUGACGAGCGUGAGCCAAACUGGGGACAUCGGAGAAGAGACAUUGAUGAUCAGGCCUAAAGAUCGAGAUGCUACCAAUGGAAGUGGCAGACAAAGAUUUCAUUCUCAACCACCGCGAAGCAAGUCUUACAGAUCUGAAAUAUCGACUUCAGCUUCGGAUCGAAAGAAUAAACAUAAUCUCAACUUAUCUUCUAUAUCUUCCACGCCAAACACGUUCAGGGCAAGAAGUACACCAGUCUCACCUAUCUUAUCUCCCACAGAUGAGGUUCCACCGGUACCCAAAAUGCCACCUUUGUUACAGAAAUCGAAAUCUGACGAAUCGUCAAGAAAGCUUAUUCAUCCAAUACAGAGUGCGAAUCCACCCCAAAGGCAUUCCCGAGAUUUAAAGUCUGGUUCAACAGUCGAUACUUCCGGACAGGGAGAAGGGAUGAUGGAGUACUUCAUACCUCCUCCUCAUGGAUUGGCUAUAGGCUCCAUAGGAUCAAACACCCCUCCAAUUACUUCGACCUCGGGCUCUGCAGGAUCAGGAUCGAAUUGGACGAGCAAGGUGAACACGGUGGAUCCUGAUAAACCUCUUGCAGCGAGUACGUGGGGUACAUUGAGAAGAUCCAUGUCCUUCUUACCUCUUCGAAGGGGUAAUAGCGUGACUUCGAUGAGUGAUGAAUUUGGUGGUGGAGCCAAUUUAGAGAAUUCAGCUAGUGUAAGUGGUAGUGGUAGUGGAUCGGAGGAGAGCCAUGAUUAUCGAGCUACGAACGAAAUCGCCAGUAACGAAGAUCAGGCGAGUAUUUCUGGUUCUGGUGGGUAUACAGAGAAUGAGAGAGAUCGAGGAGAAGGAGGGGGAGGAGGAAUGAUGACGAGAGGAUGGAACUCUGUACCUAACACGCCGAAGAGAAAGAGGAGUUUACGGUUAUUUGGGUUGAAAGGGUUUACACCGAUGUAA